AUGAAUCCGUUCUCUUCAGCCACGCGUCUGAGGGACAUGAUUCGGGCUAUACGUGCUUGCAAAACUGCGGCAGAGGAGCGUGGUGUUGUAAGAAAAGAAUGCGCUGCCAUUCGUGCUUCAAUUGAUGAAAAUGAUCAACACUAUAGGCAUCGGAAUAUGUCCAAGCUAAUGUUCAUCCACAUGCUUGGCUACCCCACACAUUUUGGUCAAAUGGAAUGCCUCAAGUUGAUAUCAUCUCCUGGAUUUCCCGAGAAGAGAAUAGGUUACCUUGGCCUUAUGUUGCUUGUUGAUGAAAGACAAGAAGUUCUAAUGUUGGUCACCAAUUCUUUGAAACAAGAUCUUAAUCAUACAAAUCAGUAUAUAGUGGGGCUCGCUCUUUGUGCUUUAGGGAACAUUUGUUCAGCAGAAAUGGCUCGUGAUCUUGCACCAGAGAUUGAGAGGUUGCUGCAAUUUAGGGAUCCAAAUAUUCGGAAAAAGGCAGCAUUAUGCUCUUUAAGAAUCAUAAAGAAAGUCCCAGACUUGGCAGAAAAUUUUGUCAAUCCUGCUACUGCCUUACUAAGGGAGAAGCAUCAUGGAGUUUUGAUCACCGGGGUUCAGCUUUGUACAGAGCUGUGUAAAGUUAGCUCAGAAGCUCUUGAACAUAUUCGAAAGAAAUGCACAGAAGGUUUGGUGAGAACUCUAAAGGAUCUAGCAAACAGUCCUUAUUCACCAGAGUAUGAUAUUGCUGGCAUUACAGACCCCUUUCUCCAUAUCAAAUUGCUUAGAUUGUUGCGGGCAUUGGGUGAAGGUGAUGCAGAUGCUAGCGACUCUAUGAACGACAUACUUGCCCAGGUGGCUACAAAGACAGAGUCAAACAAAGUUGCCGGGAAUGCCAUUUUGUAUGAGUGUGUUCAAACAAUAAUGAGCAUUGAAGAUAAUGGUGGAUUGCGUGUGCUUGCAAUCAAUAUCCUAGGAAGAUUUUUGUCAAAUCGGGAUAACAAUAUCAGAUAUGUGGCAUUGAACAUGCUGAUGAGGGCUGUGAGUGCUGACGCUCAAGCGGUACAGAGACAUCGUGCAACAAUUCUGGAAUGUGUAAAAGAUGCCGAUGCUUCAAUUCAGAAAAGAGCCCUUGAACUUGUUUAUGUUCUGGUGAAUGAAACCAAUGUAAAGGCCUUAACAAAAGAGCUAGUAGAUCAUCUUGAAGUUAGUGAUCAAGAUUUCAGGGAGGACCUUACUACCAAAAUCUGCUCAAUAGUUUCAAAGUUUUCCCAUGAGAAGAUCUGGUACAUUGAUCAGAUGCUUAAGGUUCUGUCCAAGGCCGGAAAUUUCCUAAAAGAUGAAGUAUGGCAUGCCUUAAUUGUUGUCAUAAGCAAUGCUUCCAAGCUUCAUGGAUAUUCCGUAAGAGCAUUAUACAAGUUAUUUCAGACGUCAACAGAACAGGAAACUUUCGUUCGUGUUGCAAUGUGGUGCCUUGGAGAGUAUGGCGACUUAUUAAUCAAUAAUGUUGAAAUGCUUGACAUAGAAGAUCCGAUAACAGUGACCGAGUCAGAUGCUGUGGAUUCUGUAGAGCAUGCUUUAAAACGUCAUGCAUCAGAUCUUACCACAAAAGAAAUGGCUUUGGUUGCCUUAUUGAAACUCUCUUCACGGUUUCCUUCUUGUGCUGAGAGAAUCAGAGAAAUAAUCAUUCAGUACAAGGGGAACCUAGUGUUAGAAUUGCAGCAAAGAUCUAUAGAGUUCAAUUCUAUUAUUGCAAAGCAUCAAAAUAUUAGUUCUACACUUGUAGAAAGGAUGCCAGUUUUGGAUGAGGCGGCUUUCAAUGCUAGGAGGGCUGGGUCUUUGCCUGAUGCAGUUUCAACUCCAACAGGACCUUCAGUCAGUCUUCUGAAUGGAGUAGCCAAAUCUGCGGCUCCUCUUCUAGAUCUGCUUGAUCUAGGCGCAGAUGAUACUCCUGCACCAAGCUCUUCUGGUGGUGAUUUUCUUCAGGAUCUUCUUGGUGCCGAUCAGUCAUUUGUGUCACAACAGUCUGGUGCUACUCAUACUUCAAAAAAUGGCACAGAUGCUCUUUUGGAUCUUUUGUCGAUUGGAUCACCUUCUGCACCUACUGAUUCACCUUCUGCUCAAAGAAACUCAUCUACAAUUGAUAUAUUAUCCCCCGGUACAAGUAAAAGGGAACCAGUUUCAUCAUUGGAUGAUCUCUCAGCAGUGUCACAUUCUUCACGGGCAUCUUCAAAUGCUGGAGUUGCUUCUAUGACAGAUUUGUUGGAUGGUUUUGCCUCUGGCCCAUCAGCAAGUGAAAACAAUGGAUCAGUUUACCCGUCAAUAACUGCAUUUGAGAGUAGCUCCUUGAGGUUGACAUUCAAUCUCUCCAAACAGCCAGGAAGUCCACAAACAACCAAUAUGCAAGCUACCUUUAUGAAUCUGUCCUCUAAUGCAUAUACAGAUUUUAUUUUCCAGGCAGCAGUUCCAAAGUUUCUUCAGUUGCUCUUAGAUCCAGCUAGCGGCAAUACUCUCCCUGCUAAUGGAAAGGGGUCUAUCACGCAAAAUUUAAAAGUUACUAACAGCCAACACGGAAAGAAAUCUCUUGUCAUGCGUAUAAGAAUAACAUACAAGAUUAAUGGGAAGGAAACACUGGAAGAAGGACAGAUCACUAAUUUUCCUCGUGAUUUAUAA